UGCUCUGCUGCAAUCUGAUUACAUGCAAGUCAAAGUCCAGCCCAUUCAGGAAGAGGCUGUUUGUGCUUCCUCAGUGCAGCUCCAAGGCAGCAACAAUGUUCUACAUUCUGCUGGUGCCGGGACUCGUCGUCCUCGCUUACUUUUUCCGUCAAGUUGUGGUAAUAGGAAGGAGCUGCAAGAGCAACGCAAAGCUGCAUGGGAAAACUGUGAUAGUUACCGGCAGCAACACUGGCAUAGGGAAGACCACGGCCAUAGAGCUGGCCAAGAGAGGAGCCAGAGUGAUCCUGGCCUGUCGCAGCAAGCAGAGAGGAGAAGCUGCUCUGCAGGACGUCAAGAGGGAGAGUGGCAGCAACCAGGUGGUGUUCAUGCAGCUGGACCUGGCUAGUCUUAAGUCGGUCCGCAGCUUUGCAGAGAACUUCCUGAAGACAGAACCCAGACUGGACAUCCUGGUCAACAAUGCAGGUCUGUUCAAUUUUGGUCGAACUGAGGACGGGUUCGGGAUGACGUUCGGCGUCAACCAUCUCGGCCAUUUCCUGCUGACUAACCUGUUGCUGGACCGACUGAAGGAGUGCGGACCGAGCAGGGUGGUGAAUGUAUCGUCUGGAGCGCACAACUGGGGAAGAGUAGAUUUUGACUGCCUGAACACCCACAAAACUCUACGGACUGGGACGUCAUUUGUGGACGGCCAAAGAGUUUAUGCAGACAGUAAGCUGUGCAACGUUCUCUUCACCUACGAGCUUGCCAAGAGACUGAAGGGAACCAAGGUCACUUGCUACUCCCUCCAUCCAGGAGUCGUCAGGACCGACAUCAUCAGGAACGCGAGCCCGACUUUUCAACUGGUCGCGUUGAACGGUUUAAGGUUUUUCAUGAAGACGCCUCUCCAGGGAAGCCAGACCACGCUGCACUGCGCCCUGCAUGAGGGCAUCGAGCACCUCAGCGGGCGCCACUUCUCCAACUGCACCGCCAGAGACGUACUGGCCAAGGCCAAGGAUCCGGUCACGGCGAAGAAGCUGUGGGAGAUCAGCGAGAGAUUCUGUGACCUCUGAAGGGUGUUUUGACUCGUGAUGGUAACUUUCAAUCUGUUUGCAAACACAGAAACCGAGACCAAAGUUGACACUUUCAUGUGACUUUUCUUUAACUUUCCAGACAUUGUAGAAAGAGGAAGGGAAUUGACUUAUUUUAGAUAUUACAUAACUUAUGAGCCAUAUGUGGAAUUUUAAUUGGAGCGUAAAUAAAGAGCAUUUCUGACAUCAUAAUGCAGCAACUGUUCUUACUUUUUGGCUCUAUAGUCUUUUUAUGGGGAGCUAAUGGGACCAUCUAAUGAUGUAUGACUGGCUUAUUAGAAACCAUUGUACUAAAAGACAUUCUAAGUUUUCAGCUCAUUAUUUACCCUGAUAAAAAGGAAAGAGCUGUUACCAAUGGAAAUGUUUCUGAAGAUUAGUUCCUUUGGAAACUUGAACAGCUAAUGGCACAAAGCUUUGAUUUCUCCAUUAAUGUUUUUUUUUUUUAUGCCUGAUGAAUAACAUGUAAAUCUGUUAAUGAGGCGCCGUCACAAAGGUUAUGAAGGAGCAAGUUUAGUGGUGGAAAUGUACAUUACAGUUAUUUCAUUAUUUAAAUAUAUGUAGCUAAAUUUUAUGUAAAUUCAAGAGUUAUUGUUGUAAAUGUAAAUUAAAUAGACUUCCAGUUUUUCUGGGGAAAUUUUUUUGACAAUUUUCAAAUGUUUUACCUGUUAACCCAAUAAAUUUAGAACCAUGAAGCUGA